AUGGCUUCUUCCAAGGAAGAGACGCCUUCGGGCGCGCAGACGCCUCUCAAGGCCGCCAGCGAUACUGAAGUCGGUGUCGUUGGAAACAUUAGCGAUGACGAUAGCGCCCGCUACCAGAUCGCCCGCGACAACAAACGCCAGCUCGGCAUCCCCUCGGCCUCACUCCUCAUCUUUAACCGCAUCAUCGGCACCGGCAUCUUCGCCACCCCGGCCACUAUCCUCGGGCUGUGCGGCUCCGUCGGCCUGACUCUCUUCGUCUGGGUCGUUGGCAUGCUCAUCGCCGCCGCCGGCACCGCCGUCUACAUGGAGUUUGGCACCGGCAUGCCCCGCAACGGCGGCGAGAAGAACUACCUCGAGUUCGUCUACCGCCGGCCGCGGUUCCUUACCACUUGCCUCUACACCGGGUACGUCAUUCUGCUCGGUUGGGCCGCCGGCAACUCGGUCAUCUUUGGCGAAUAUAUCCUGCAUGCCGCCCGCGUCGAGGUCACUCGCUGGAACCAGCGCGGCAUCGCCCUCGCCUGCCUCACCACGGCCUUUCUCAUUCACGGCUGUGCCCUAAAAUGGGGUGUCCGCCUACAAAACACGCUCGGCAUCAUCAAGAUCCUCGUCAUCAUUCUCAUCAUCGUCGCCCCGCUCGCCAACCUCAAGAAGGUGCGCGAGAACAACAGCUUCCACAACUCGUUUGAGGGCACCAACUCGAGCGCCUACGGCAUCGUAACCGCCCUCUACAAUGUCAUCUGGAGCUACGUCGGCUACAGCAACGCAAACUACGCCCUGAGUGAGACCAAGAACCCGGCCCACACGCUCAAGCGCGCCGCGCCCCUCGCCAUUGGCACAAUCUCCAUUCUCUACAUGCUCGCCAACAUUUCUUACUUUGCCGCCGUCUCCAAGGAGGAGAUGCUCGAGUCCAAGCGCCUCGUUGCCGCCUCGCUCUUCCGCAACAUGUACGGCGAGUCAGCCGAGCGCGCCCUCUCCGUUUUUGUCGCCCUCUCCGCCUUUGGCAACGUCCUCAGCGUCAUCUUCUCCCAGGGCCGCCUCGUUCAGGAGCUCGGCCGUGAGGGCGUCCUGCCCUUUUCCCGCUUCUGGGCCAGCAACCGCCCCUUCAACGCGCCCCUCGCCGGCCUCUUUGAGCACUGGGCUAUUACCACAAUCACCAUGCUCGCCCCGCCCCAAGGCGACGCCUACAACUUUGUCCUUAACCUCAUCUCUUAUCCGCUCGCCAUCAUCAACGCCUUUGUCGGCGCCGGCCUUGUCUACCUGUACCGCAACAAGGACAAGCGCAACUGGCACCCGCCCUUCAAGGCCACCAUGCCCGUCGCCGCCUUCUUCUGUCUUAGCAACAUUUACCUCGUCGUCGCGCCCUUUGUACCUCCCUCCGACGGGCAAAACGUGUACGAGAACCUGCCGUACUGGAUUCACUGCGUCGUCGGCUUUGGCGUCAUUGGCGCUGGUGGUGUCUACUGGCUCAUUUGGACCAAGCUGCUACCCAAGAUUGGUCGCUAUCAGCUUGUGCGCGAGACGUACAUUGAUGAUAUCGAUGGAUGGGAGCGUAGUCGCUUCGUCAAGAAGCCGCUGGGCACCCAUAUCGAGUCUCCUGAGAGGACUUUCCAUUAA